AUGGCAGAUUUACCGCAUAUAAGCAGGGCGGAGAUUGAGCGACGAUUCCAUGAAUCAGGCGAAUUCAAAAAAGCCACGGAGUUUUUGGCGCAGCGGCUACGAGAAAUGCACUGGGAUGAGAAAUUGAGGACUGUUUGCCUGGAUUAUGCGAAAGAGAACGACGUUUCUCGUAUGCCACGUAAAAUCGUGCUGGGGGAUUUGAAAACGCUUGCUCGACCAAUAUUUCCAGAAGAAGUGAAAAAAGAGCUUUCGGAACGUGUUGCUGCUUUUAUAAUGCAAGAAACCGACAAAAAGGAACCAUCCUGA